GGUCGCACGUGGCAAACCCGACACGUGUCAUAAGUUUGUUAUAACCACGUACCUUCUUAUUCCUCUCCCUGCUCUGCAGCAAUAACUGAAACCUCCAUUUCUUCCUCUCCAUGCCAACAUUUUCUUGUUCUUGUUCUUGUUCUUGUUCUUGUACGAUACCUGUCUGUUGAUACACCCAGCUGUAUAAUGACGAGGCUGGAGCGCAUGAUUGUGUAUGGGGCGACACAGGGUUACAGUGUGAACACGUGGUGGGAUGAUAUCGAUGAAUCGGAGAAAUGGCAGCAAGGCAUAUACUAUUCCUUGGCUGCAACUUAUGGCCUCGUCUCCUUUGUUGCAUUGAUACAACUCUUCCGCAUUCAGAUGAGAGUACCGGAAUUUGGAUGGACUACACAAAAGGUCUUCCACUUGAUGAAUUUUCUUGUCAAUGGAUUGAGGGCUGUUCUCUUUGGUCUCUACCAGAGUGUUUUUCUUCUCAGGUCAAAGGCACUCGAAAUGGUGCUUUUGGAUCUUCCUAGUCUUCUAUUUUUCUCCACAUAUACCCUACUUGUCUUGUUCUGGGCUGAGAUAUACCACCAGGCAAGAAGCCUUCCAAUUAAUAAACUUCGGCCCACAUAUUACAUCAUCAAUGGAGUUGUAUACAUUAUCCAGGUAUGCAUCUGGAUUUCUGUGGCAUUAAGCCGAAGCCCUGUUGCAGUGGAGCUUGCAAAAAUCUUCCUUUCAAUCAUUUCACUCUGUGCUGCUGUGGCAUUCUUGAUAUAUGGUGGGAGGUUGUUUGUCAUGCUGAGGUGCUUCCCAAUUGAAUCUAGAGGUCGUCAAAAGAAGUUAUAUGAGGUUGGCUGUGUUACGGGAAUAUGCUGUUCUUGUUUCUUGAUAAGAUGCUUUGUGGUUACCCUUUCUGCCUUUAACAAGAAUGCAGACCCUGAUGUGCUAAAUCAUCCACUCCUCAAUCUAAUCUAUUACACGACGGUAGAGAUUGUUCCGUCCGCAUUGGUUCUAUUCAUCCUGCGAAAGCUGCCACCUAAGCGCAUAUCUGAACAGUAUCACCCUAUCAGAUGAUGACGAUAGAUAGAUGCUCUCUGCCUCUUUUUAUCUCUUUCUAGACUGAAGACUCACUUGUGGAUUUGGAAGAUCAUAUGAAUGUGCUUUGAUCAGUUGCCUGGUUCUGUCAAAAGGAUUUCUAUGACUCACCCAGUUGUGUAUUUCUUGUUUGAAUCCUUGUCAACUAGAAUUGUUAUUGUGACAAAUCUUCAACUUCUGCCUGCCAGCAUUUUUUUAAAUCUUGGAUGGAUUCCAUCUUAUAAUUCAAGUACAAAAUAUACACCCAAGUUAGUGUUACUAGA